UUUUGCAAGGGAGUGGAGCGAACAUGGCUGAAGGCAGUCCGGGUGUCCCAACGUGCAGUGGGGUGAGCCGCGGACAGGUCCCGGUCCCCAGCAGUGGCGCCUGCAACUUUCCAGAGUACGAGGUUCCCGAACUAAACACGCGUGCUUUCCACGUGGGCGCCUUCGGGGAGCAGUGGCGUGGCCGGCUGCGCGGGCAAGGGGAUUUGUCGCUGAAAGAGCCGCCGGCAUCCGCGCUGCCUGAGCCAGGAGGGGUCGCCGACUCCGCCUGGGAGGAUGCCGCCGUGGCCCGGGAUCUGGGCUGUAGUAUGGAGGCGGCAGCCGAGCUAAGGGCAGUUUGCGGCCUUGAUAAACUGAAGUGCCUUGAGGAAGAAGAGGACCCAGAAGUCAUCCCAGAGAAUAGUGACCUAGUGACUUUGGGGGUUAGAAAAAGGCUUUUGGAACAUCGGGAAGAAACGAUAACGAUAGAUCGAGUCUGCAGACAAGAAACAUUUGCAUAUGAGAUGGAGUCACAUGCCAUGGGGAAAAAGCCUGAAAAUCCAGCAGACAUGAUUGAAGAAGGGGAGCUUAUCCUAUCAGUGAAUAUCUUGUACCCUGUUAUAUUUCAUAAGCACAAAGAACACAAACCAUACCAGACAAUGCUGGUAUUGGGCAGUCAGAAGCUCACGGAACUAAGGGAUUCAAUUUGCUGUGUCAGUGACCUCCAGAUCGGUGGGGAAUUCAGCAGCACUCCUGACCAAGCCCCUGAGCACAUCAGCAAAGACCUAUACAAAUCAGCCUUCUUUUAUUUUGAAGGAACAUUUUACAAUGAUAAAAGAUACCCUGAAUGCAGAGAUUUGAGCAGAACAAUCAUUGAGUGGUCAGAGUCCCAUGACAGAGGCUAUGGGAAGUUUCAGACUGCUACAAUGGAAGACUUCACCUUCAAUGACUUACACAUUAAACUGGGUUUUCCUUAUUUAUACUGCCACCAGGGAGACUGUGAACAUGUGAUUGUUAUUACUGACAUAAGGCUUGUGCAUCGUGAUGACUGCUUGGAUAGGACACUUUAUCCCCUUCUUAUCAAGAAGCAUUGGCUAUGGACCAGAAAAUGUUUUGUUUGUAAAAUGUACACAGCCAGAUGGGUGACGAACAAUGACAGUUUUGCACCAGAUGACCCAUGUUUCUUUUGUGAUGUUUGCUUCCGAAUGCUCCACUAUGAUUCAGAAGGCAACAAACUGGGGGAAUUCCUCGCUUAUCCUUAUGUUGAUCCUGGAACCUUUAAUUAAUAACAAAAGGUGUAUUCUCAUAGGAACAGGAUCAGCCUGAAACAAUCAGCUGAAGUUAUCCCCAUUCCCCCCCCCAAAGUUCAAAUUACAGAUUUUCUUAUGAAGUAACUUGACUGUAUUUAAAUGCUUAGAAAUAUUUACUAUUUAUUACAAAGUAUGGUUCUUAUUCAGUGCUUUUUGCCCAUUUUCAAAUCUGUUUAUCUUACUGAGUUGUAGGGUGUCUUUAUAUAUUCUGCAUACAAAUCUUGUCAGAGAUAUGUAUUGAUACUUUCCCAGUCUUUGGCUUGCCUAGUCAUUGGAUUCAAUUAAUGAUACAUCAAAUGGUGGAAGUAUUUUGAAAAUUCUUUGAAAAUGAGACUCACUACAUAAGUAAUAAAUGUAAGAUUUUGAGUACAUACUCAAAACUUUACAGAGGUAGCACUUAAAUUGAAGCUUCAUUUCUUGACAACUUUUUGUGAAUCACAAAUGCUGAGUUUAAAAAUGUACAUCUAUUUAAUAUUUUUAUUAAAAAAUAGUUUCAUGUAAUAUUACUGGGAUAUGGGAAAUCAUUAUGGGAAAACCAUUAGAUCCUGUAGGUUACAAGUGAGCUCUGGCUCACUUAUUAUUGGGCAACAAUACCCAGUAUUCUGUAUGCAAAAAAGAAAACACCAGUGUUUUCCUGGCUCAACUCUUCAUUCUCUUGGCCCCCUUACUAUGAUAGUUGUUUGUUCUCUUUUCUCAUUCUGCUCCCAAGAGCAAGUGUGAUAACGUUUAGGUCAUCAGGGAAAAUUGUAGCUAUCUAUUCUGAAAUGUUUUCUGGAAACUUUUUUUAUUUUGAUGGAAAAUUAAAUUGUCAUUUAAAAUUUCACUUUCUUCUAGGUUACAUUUAUAAAUUCAGCUGAAUUCUACACUCCUGGAUGGGUAAGAACAGACAUUUACCAUAUAAAUCAAAAACUGAUGAAGAUUAUAAGCCUGUGUGUUUAAAAUAUUGACAUUAAAUGUUUUAUGGACUUACAUGCAAUAUGUUCAAUUAAGAACCUCUUUCUAGUAUAUCUAGCAGUGCUCUUAUGACUGAUCAGUACACCAGAGAAUCAAUAUAAAUUGUCCGAAUAUGGUUGGUUUAUGUUACUGCCUAAAUUUUUACUUUAAUAUUUCCAAUGAUGCUGAUUUAAAAUAUUGCUGGAAACCAGAUUUACACAAUUCCUCCAAGUUCCAGAGGUAAAAAUGAAUUUAUUUUUAAACUGCAUUCCUUGUAUCUUUUAUACAGGGGUCUUUUUUU